AUGCGGCUGAGCUCAUGCUUGCAGCGUUCUCUCUUCCCAUUGGCAAGCCGUUUAUCCAAUCCUGUUCUUGGAAAGUCUCCAAAAACAUUAACGGCUGACGAGGCUGUGUCCAUGAUUGAUUCUGGCGACAAUAUAUACGUUCAUGGACAUGCUGCCACCCCAACAGAAUUGCUUUAUGCAUUGGGCCGUCGCAUUGAUUCUCAUGGAAUUUCAGUCAAAUUGAUUCACAUUCUUCUAUGUGGAAAGAGCCCCCUGUUCGACAAAAAAUAUGCUGAGAAAGCACGUUCCAACUGCUUGUUUCUCUGCAACAAUACUAGGAAGCUCGUCAAGGAAGGUAGAAAUCCUCUCUUCAUUCAUUAA